GGUCACGGCUUGGCGUUGCUAUGGUGAUAUUCCGGCAGUUGCACGGAAAACAUUUGGUGAAGUGGUGGAUUUAGGCGACGAUCGCCCGCCCUCGGCUCCAGACACAGGCCAGCCGAUCUUGGCGACUACAGGAGAAGGUGAUGCACAGCAAGGAGGGGCCCAGACUGGAAGGGAGCUUCCUGAUGUUUGUAUCCUCACUGGUUUGGAGGAAGAUGUGAUCCAGCUGGCAAUGAAGAACAAGUUCCAGAGUGACCAGUCAUCAACUGAAGGAGAAUAAUGGCUGACAGUAAAAUCCAUGACCAAUCUGAGCAAUUUAAAGCUACCUUAAACUUAAAAGAAGGAAAUUGUAGCAAUAAACAACGGGAAACCUCACUGAUCCCUGGCCUUGGCUACAUGACAACUGGAGAGGAAAGAUUCCGAGGACGGCGUAAUGCUGUUUUUGAUUCUGAUUCGGAUUACGUGAAGUUGGCAAAACGAGGGGGCAUUCCAGAUCUACUAACCUUUGGUGGAUUGUCACCAAAAUCAACAUGUACUCCCCUCAAGAAACCUGAAUGGUUGUCACCUGAAUCUUCAUUCCAAGAAAAUAAUCAGACAGUGCAGAUGAAGCUUACAAAUGAGGUGUCUAAUGACAUAAUUCAAGACAAGUCAGAGUGUGAGAAUUAUAAACCCUCCCCCACUCCCAUUGAAACAACUGAUACACAUUUAUGGGAGAAGGAGGAAAUUCAUGGUGACUCAGGAAACUGUAAGUCAGGGACUCCUGAAGUUGGUAAUUUGGGACAACUGGACAAGAAUUUUCCAUCUCAUCUUAAGAUGGAGGACAUGACCUUAAGUACUGAACCAAAGAUGGAGGACAUGGCCUUAAGUACUGAACCAAAGCAAUGGUCAAUGCAGUCUGGCAUACAAGCUAAUACAGCGAGUUACAGAUUUUCCCGCAGAAAGGAACCACCAGUUAGCAUGCAAAAGUUGCUAAGUUUUGGCUAUGCUGAUGAUUGGUUUUCAGAACGUAAGGAUGUGAAAAACAGCAAAGAACAAAAUAUGGAACAUUCAGAUGCUGUGAAAUCUGAGGUUUUGCCUCAGGAAAUUCAGCCCACAUAUAGAGGAAAGAGGAUGACUGGCAUCAGAGGAAAUGAAAAGAAUAAAGUUACUGCAGAAAAUGAUUCUUUCUUCAAAAUCUUUGGUGAACACAGACCAAAAGAGAUUCGUCGGAGUGUGGAGAACCGUCUGCAGUCUGAGAUUGCUCUUGCCUGAAACUCUUGUCAACUAGGGGGGAUAAUAAUAAAUAGGUUAAUUUUAAAAUUCUGAUUGAUUUUGUAGUACUGAGAUUUUUAUAUUUGUCAUCAAAUUGAUAUUUGACAUGAGCAAAUAAAAUACUAUUCUUUCAUGUAAAAUUACUCUUGUAGUUUAAAUUGCCU